AUGACGACUUCAGACAUCUGCGAUGUGUAUUUGAGGCUCGUCGCUUCUGAGGAAUCAUACCGAGAAGUUAAGGAGCUUUUCCAAAGCCAAAACGGCCGUGAUGAGGAGCUAGAGCUGCUGGGAAAUGCAGCCUUGGAAAGUAGCGAGGUCGUUGCAGAGCAAUACUUCGAAGUCCGAUCGUGGCAAGAGUAUUUCCAGGAUGAGGUCAACGUGACCAAGUACAGUGUCAAAAAGCACGGAAUACUUGGCACGCUGAAGAACGAGGUCGUUGAGGUCGGCAAUGACGUCAAGGACCUCGGCCGUGGAGCUGCAACUGUAGUUCAAACUGGACGAGAGCAGGUGCCACACCUGGUACGAGCUGCGACGGACACAGUGGGCAACGUAGUGCAGACCGGAAGUGCUGCAGCAGCUUCUACCGGGGCGAGCUUCGCUGCAAGGAGCCAAGAACACAUCACCACGGCUGUCCAUGAAACCGUUGUGGCACCGGUGAAGCGUGCAUGGCAUUUGAUGGCGACAGGCUUCAUUCUGUGCGUCCUCGUGCCCCUGUUUGCUCUCAGGACGUAUGCUCCCCUGAACUCCGUGGUGUCAAACCUAGGUCUGCUGUGGCUCUUGAUUUGCACAUGCUGCCCACCCAGGGGAAUGAACGGAAGAGCAGGGAAGUCUGCGCUGCUGCUGCUCUAUCCAUUGAUAACAGUGGCUUUGCCACUGGCACUUCACUAUUGGGCAACUCAUCCUCAACUCUCACAAGAUGUCGGCGACAUGUUCCGUCGAUUGCCGGAGCAAUUGGGCCGAAUUCCUGAGCAGCUGAAGGAGCUGCCUGGCAUCAACAAGCUGCGGUGUAGCGAUAACGACCAGAGCUGCCCUACGCCCAGUCUGAGAGGGUCAGAGGCACCAGAAUCUGGGCCAGGGUCGUAG